GUCUUGUUGGUGGGCGUGUUGCCACGACCAAUCAAAAGAGAUGACAGUUGACAGCACGCCAUCAUUGCAGUGAUUGUGGUUUUGUUUUAUGCCGAAAAUUUGUUAAAUUUCAUGAUUUAAGGUUUUUUCUUGUUAUUUUCGAAAUGACGGACAAGUCCAACCAAGAAGAGGGCAAUAAUGUUCCUCUCGUAGAUAACACGUUAAUUGUUGAUAUUUCCGAUGCCCUUAGUGAGAAAGACAAAGUCAAAUUUACGGUCCACACUCGCACUACGAUGAAAAAUUUCCAAAAAUCGGAAUUUUUGGUCGUUAGGCAACACGAGGAGUUCAUCUGGUUGCACGACCGCUACGAGGAGGACCCAAAAUACGCCGGAUAUAUUAUACCGCCACCGCCACCCCGUCCAAAUUUCGAUGCCUCUCGUGAAAAGCUGCAACGUUUAGGUGAAGGUGAGGGGACAAUGACUAAGGAAGAAUUCACGAAAAUGAAACAAGAACUGGAGGCCGAGUAUUUGGCCACGUUUAAGAAAACAGUAGCCAUGCAUGAAGUGUUCCUCACACGCCUGGCUAGUCAUUCUGUGUUUCGGGAAGACCACCACUUACAUGUGUUUCUGGAGUAUGAUCAGGACUUGUGUGCGCGCCCUAAGGGCAAGCUGCAACAACUUGGGGGCAUUGUUAAGUCAAUCGGCAACACAACCGACCAAUACUAUCUCAACGCCACGGUGCGAGAUGUUAACGACUUCUUCGAGCAACAAAUGAACUCCUUAACUGAGUACCACAAUCAGCUGAAAGAGGCCACAACAAGGACGGACAAAAUGACUGAAAAGCAUAAAGAACUUGCCGAUAGUUACAUAAAAAUAUCAGGCGGGGUGUUACAACUAGCCAAUAAUGACCCCGGCCCGCUGGAUAAGUUUUUAGCCAAAGUGUCGGACACGUUUGAGAGAGCCAGAAAAGUUGAGAGUAGGGUUGCUAGUGACCAGGAUUUGAAACUAGCGGACACUUUACGGUACUACAUGAGAGAUAGUCAAGCAGCACGUGCGUUGUUGGUUAGACGUUUGAAAUGUUUGGUAACUUACGAGAAUGCCAAUAGGACACUUGAGAAAGCAAGGCAUAAAAAUAAAGACAUCCAUGCGGCGCCUGAAGUACAAGAGGCUGAAGCAGCACAGUCGCAAGCUUGUGAACAGUUUGAAGCGAUUUCAGCACAGGCUAAAGAAGAGUUGUUAGAUUUUAAAACACGGAGAUUGCAUGCGUUUAGAAAAAGUUUAAUUGAACUAGCCGAAUUGGAAAUCAAACACGCUCGAACUCAGCAAGAUCUGUUAAAGAAGUCGGUUCAAAGCUUGCGAGAGUUGCUUUAAUCUUGGUGAUACUUUACGAAUUUAUUUUGUUCCAUUACUUUGUCACACAUUCCUUUUUUUAAUUUUUUCCUAAAGGGGAGUGUUUUGCUUUACUAUAAACCUGUAUUGUUUUUGGUUAUAUCAAAUUCUAUUAUUAUAAAGAUAUCGUAUCAUAUAUUGUAUGUUGUUUAUAUUUGAAUAAAAAAUUGAAGUUUUCUAAA